AUGGAAGAUUCCUUCAACCUGAAGAAAGCAGAAGAGGCCAUACAGUUAGUGACGGAGGCGCGCGAACUGCUUCUGCAAUACAGUCACUUCCGAAAUGCCGGUGAGGACGCAAUCAUUCGCCUCCAAGGAAUACUGCGCGCCAUACUACAGUGUUCCUCUUUAAUGCAAGCAUAUGACGAUUCGCCGCAUCGUUGCGCCAUUUACGCCCACGUUUCCCGUACCCUUCUCAGAGUUAUUGAUCUUCCACCUGACGGAACCUUUCCCUCUAGCCACCGACAACACCAGCAACUUCAGCAGUACGAGAUGGAGGCAAAACCAUCAGUCUCCAGCUGUGAACAGGAAGUGGAGGAGCUUGGAGCCGCCAUUUUGUACCCACCGGGAAGUGUCGAUGGGCUCAAAGAGCAUGGAAAUACCAACAGGGUCCGGUGGGUUGACGUGAGUGGCUGUGAGGACGCCAUUGCUGCCUUGAAACGAGCAACGGUGCUCCCACUACGAUUCCCUCAUCUGUUUCAAGGUAAACGGCACCCGCCCCGGCAUAUUCUCCUUUACGGCCCACCAGGUACAGGCAAGACGCUGCUUGCUGCGGCGGCCGCGGCUGAGUAUGCAGCACCACUGCUUACCGUGUCAUCAGCAGACAUUUUGAGCAAGUGGAUUGGGGAUUCGGAGCGACAGGUGCGGCGCGUUUUCGAGGUGGCCGCCUCCUUCCCCCGCUGCGUUCUAUUUCUUGACGAGAUCGACGCGAUAGGUGGCGUACGGGGCGGGGCCGGGGAGAGCGAAGCAUCUCGGCGAGUCAAAACUGAACUGCUUCUGCGCAUGCAAAAAUCGCAUGUGGAUGGAAUCACGCUUAUAGCAGCCACCAACAUUCCUUGGGGACUUGACAGCGCUAUUCUUCGGCGUUUUGACCAACUCGUCUUUGUGGGGCUUCCGCCCUCGGCGGCGCGGUUCCGACUUAUUGUUGAGGAACUACGGCAUGUGCCAAGUGAACUUGGUGAGGAGGACAUCCAGUGGCUCGUCAACUCCACUGAGGGAUACUCAGCAUCAGAUAUUUGCCGCAUAACGCGACGUGCCGUCAUGGAACCUAUACAGAAGAUUUCAAUGGCGGGGUAUGCAAAGCCUAUCAGACCUUCCACCACUACUGUGAGUAACAGCGCCCCGACUGACAAUGAAUUGGUUUCACAAAAGUCGAGCAGCGGCAGCCCGCAGUACGUACUUUGCGACGAAGAUGAAGAAGGAGCGCGACCAAUUGAAACUGUGCCUACGGCGGCACUACACGUACCGGCAGUGUGUAGGGAGAAUUUUGAGUGCGCGCUCCGUGAAUUCCCGCCCACUACCACUUCGGAAGAGCUGGAAAAGUUCUUAAAGUGGCGCACAGGAGGAAAAUGA